GAACAUUAGGGGGCGGAGCAUUAUAAAGGGGCGGCCCAGUCAGUGGCUAAAGUCAAUUUGAGUCAGCUUUUCUGGAAAGUCCUCUACUUGGAAGUGAUCAGCUGCGCAUUACUUGUGAAGCCAGCUGGGCCGCAUCCAUAGACCUGUCGCGCGGCAGAGAAGUAAACCGAGCACGUAUGGAGCCAAUCGAAACGCAGCGCAGCUCAUAAGCGCAGUUCCGAGAAACCGAGUGGGCAAAAUUGGCCCCUGCCACCGCCGCCGCUGAAAUACAAAGCUAUUCUUAGAAUUAGAUUCCUAGAACUUCCGUCAACCCGCAAAACUGAAUUUACAAGAGAGGCGUUUUCUCACCGUCUUUCUGUAGAAUAAAACAUAGAACAGUUGUGUCUGGCGAGUGGAUUACUGCGUUGGACCUAGCCUAUCUAUCUCUGCCAAGGUUGACACUGUCACAUUUCCUUAUCACCAUAAGAAGUUCUGAUUUUCUAUUUUUGGCAAAAUAUCAGAAUAGUCUGUUGAGAUGAGAAUUUUUUUUUGUCGGAUUAUUGGCGCCAUGACAGCAUGAACUCAGCGACUGUUCCUACAAAUUAAGAAUCACUGGAUCUGUUAAAUAAUUAUAUAGCCUAUCACAUUUUUUCAACUGGAUUCAACUUCAUUAUGAUUGUGUGUUCAAAGGGCUCUGUUGCCAGGGCCACCUUCGAAUAUGAUUGCCAGGACGAUGAGCAGCAUGCAGCAGGAUCAUGGUGAGAGAGGAGGGUCAUGUCAGAAUCCAGCGGCCCCUCUCUACGACUCUACAGAGGACCUCUGCUGCAUAACCACCACCUUCCAGUACCUGCAGAACUCAGGUUGGUACUGGGGGUCUAUUUCAGCCAGUGAGGCUCGAGACGCUCUCCUGAAGAUGUCAGCGGGAACCUUCCUGGUACGCGAUAGCAGCCACCCCCUCUACAUGCUGACCCUGUCAGUGAAGACGGCCUUUGGCCCCACCAAUGUGCGCAUAGAGUACAUCGGGGGUCGCUUCCGGCUGGACUCCAGCUCUCCAGGCCCCCCUCACUUACUGUCCUUCCCUAAUGUCUGCAGCCUUGUACAGCAUUACGUGGAGGACCCUCCUCAACCUAAAGCCAAACCCAGGCCGCCCCAGCCCGCAGUGAAGGGCAAUGCAGUACUGCUCAAGUUGCUGCGUCCCCUACCCCGGGCCUUCCCCUCCCUCCAGCACCUUACCCGCCUCACCAUCAACCACCACACUGACUGUCCGGACCAGCUGCCCCUGCCAUGCCCACUAGUGCGCUACCUUCAGGACUACCCCUUCCAGGUAUGACGUAUGAUGGUCAUCUGGCAACCAUCCCAGCCCAAGGAAGGGCACACAGUAGCACUAGCGACCUCCCAGUGAGGGCCAGAGGUUAUUACCUUUUGCUUAUAGGGUCAGAAAUGGCCUCAGCUCAGCCGGACAGUGGCACCAUGGGAAGCAAAGUGCAGUGUUGUCUGGGAAGAGUAGAACUAUACACGUCUCACUGGGCCUCGGGUUUCUCAUACAGACACACAUGAACCAGACUCUUAAAAUGAAAUUUUUACAAAAAUUUAUACUGUUUACUUGAAUAUUUUGUCAAGGAUUUUAUAAGAAUGACAUUAUAUGGAUUAUUUGUCAAUUCAUGCAAAUAAAUAUAUUUUAUAGUUAAACAAAUGUAAUAAAAGAUGUCUCUUGUUCAUCUUGUCUAACCCAUGGUCUAUUCUAAACCAUCACUAACAGACGUAUAGAAGGUAGCAGUAACCUGGAAAAGGGAGUAAUUACUCUACCAGGAAUUAUAGGCAGUGUAAUAAUAAAACCAACACCUUGCUGCAGUACGCCCUAUUAUCUUUCACAGAUGGAAGGAUACUGAUGAAAUUGAAACAACAGGUUUCAUAAAACACUCACAUGGCAARAUUAUUAUCAUUGAGCGAUUUGCUGGGAACAUUUCCACGGACACAUUAUGCCUGAGGUGGUUUCCGUGAAGUGGAUUUAAGCAAUGCUUAGAACAUCUCUUAUCAGGAUUAGAGCCAGAGCCAUGGUUAUUAAUACACCAACAGUGGAUGGGGUGUACUCACACACAUACAAACAGAAGCGCAUACAAACACAAACACACACACAAACGCACAUGAACAGGAACCUGCACGCGCACACACACACAUACACAGCAUUGUGAAGCAUUACGCUUCGAACACACUGACUGUGUCAUUGCGUUUCGUUACACCAGAAGUACAUUCAUUUCCAAUUGAACGCUGCAUUUGCCUUGCAGCAUUGCGUUGCAGAGGCAGUUGCAGUG